AUGGAGCCCUUCUACAAGGAAUACCUAGCACAUGGUGGAACAAUAGUCAAACCUUACUAUUGGCUAAGCUUCUCUCUAGAUUGUACGAACUGUCCUUACCAUAUUUGGACAGGUGAAGAAGCAAAAGUUCCUUACACAGAAUUUCAUCAGAUCUUUGGAUUCCCUCACGGGCCAACACCAUAUCCUCAAGCAAAACACCUCACGUUUUAUGAACUAAAAACUUCUUCCAGUAGCCUGGUGCAAAAGGGCCAUGCUAGCAAUUGCACUGGGAAUCAUACCCACCCCGAAUCAAUGCUGUUUGAGAUGAACGGUUACCUUGACUCAGCUCUCACCAAACACAAGAGCAUCAGACACAUCAUUCUGUAUUCCAGCAACUCCCCUUGUAACGAGGCUGAGCACUGCUGCAUCAGCAAGAUGUACAACUUCUUGACCAUGUACCCAGACAGCACUCUCGGUAUUUACUUCUCGCAGCUCCACCACACCGGGAGUGACUCUCCUGCCUCAGCAUGGAACCGAGAAGCCCUCCGGAGCCUGGCCAGCUUAUGGCCUCGGGUCACGUUGAGUCCAGUAAGUGGUGGGUGUUGGCAUUCUCUUCUGGACAACUUUGUUAGUGGUCUCUCAGGAUCGGCAGUUUUCCAGCCCAUUUUAGCAGGGAGAGCGCUGGCAGACAGGCACAAUGCAUAUGAAAUCAGCUCCAUAACAGGAGUGAGGCCUUGCUUUACUGAUGUUCCUCCCCAGAUGAAAGAGAGUCAGAACACAAAAGCUCAGGCAGUUUUAGAGAACUAUCCCUUAAACAAUGUCCUUCCUGGACAGUCUUUUGAAGGAAUGAGAGGACAAUGGCCUCCCAACCUGAACCCGGUUCCUGUUGUUUUUGUGCUGGUGCCAUAUAGAGACCUACCACCACUCCAUGUGGAUCAAAACCCACAUAAGCCCCGGAAUGUGGUAAGGCACCUAAAUAUGCCUCAACCAUCAUUCCAUGAAACCAAGAGUCUCAGAAAGCCUCCCACGGGAAGGCCAGUGGAGACAGUGGAAAUCACAGAACGGCCUGUGAGUGGCCAGGAGGCAGACAAAAACAAGAAAAAGAAGUGGGAAAAAUAA